CGCAUGAAGAUGUUUAUUUACAUUGACGCAACCAUGGCGACGGAGGACGCUCACUCCGCGCUGGUGACUGAAGUAAACACCAUUUUGAGCGACUUGCAGAACACCAACAAGGUCAAGAGACGGAAGGCACUUGAGAGACUCCAUCAUCUUGCAUUUGAGACUGAAACUUACGAAAACCAAGAGGCACAGGACAAAAUAUUGGACUUUUCACUGAAGCAUCUCGUCACGUGUCUGGCGGAUCAGUCUGAGGUGAACAGGAUAAAGUCAUCGGAAAUCAUCCUUACCUUUAGCCUGAGAGGAGUGGUGAAGCAAGGCCAGCUGGUGCAUCUCAUCCCUUUCCUCCACCACAGACUGGCCACCGUGCCACAAGUGGAAGAGAGCGAGGAUGUGAGAUUGGUGCAAGUUAACAUAAUUUCCAGUAUCACCACGCAGUUCCAAGGGGCGAUGGUGCCUUAUAUAAACGACGUUGUGGGUGUGCUGAAGGAGGCGGUGCUAGAUGUGAGCCCUGAGGUGCGCAAGGCGGCCGCAGAGUGUGUGAGCUGCUUCGCCAAGGCCACGAGAGAAAAAUUCCACAUGCAGUCUGAGUCGCUAGCAAAGCCGCUGGUUAAGGCGCUUCACCACCAGCGCUUCAGGAACAGAGUAGCUGCCGUCACUGCGCUAGGGGAUCUGCUGUUGUAUGGGGACAGCAAAGUCAUUCAGGACGUGAGCGGUCCCCUCGCUCAAUGUGUCAUGGACCUCCCUCAGGUGCGUCUGGUCCUUGCAGAGGUGGGUGGCAGCCUGGCCCUCCACAUGCCUGACAGACACUCCUACUGGCACCGCAUCUUACCGCUGCUGCUUUUUGGGCUGAAAGAUGAGGACAAGGACGUGAGGUGCAAGGCCACACAACUCUGGGAACAGGUUGGUCACAAAUAUGAAGAAGAGAACGUGGAUCAGCUGAAGCAGGAAAUUGAUUUUGAUGUGCCCCCACCAGACUACCCACCUGGAGAGGUUCGUCCUGGCAUUGGGUGUCGCAGUCUGGUGCAGCGCAGCCUCUAUCACAUCCUUCCUGGUCUGCUGACUGACCUGGAUGACUGGCAGGCUGGCCCAAGACUGCAUGCUGCCAAGCUCCUCGCAGUGCUCAUCCUUAAUGCUGACUCUGGAGUGACUCAGUACGCAGAGAAAGUGUUGACCGCACUCCAUCUUGCCGCAGGUGACAAGGAGGCCAGCGUUGUGAAGCAGGUAAAUGAAUGUGGGCGCUUCCUGGGGUGCUUCCUGCCACCCUCUGUGUUCCUGCCACUAGUGCUGCCAAGGCUGGGUGCUGGCCACCAUGGGGAGCGGCCCCUCGUGGUCCUGGCAGCUUUGAUUGAGGGAAGCAGCACCGCCCUCCUCCAGCCUUGCCUUCCUGACCUCAUCUCAGUGUUGGCAGAGGAGGAUGUGGCCUUGGUGUUUGGAGAGGCUCAUCAGGAGGCUCUGCUGUGUGUCAUCAGAACCUUGCUAUACAAAUGUGAUUUCUCUGAGAACAGCUUCAAGAUGUUCUACUUACUGCUUUUCAUUGCAUCUUCCUCUUCUGGUGAGAAUGCAAGUGUAGCACAGGAGGGACUGAAAGAACUCUCCAAGAACUGUGGCUAUGAAGAGAUACAAGAACUUUACCACAAGCAUACUCGAGAAGUUCUAGACAGACUGAUGGUAGCAGUGGGGAGCUGGACUGAGGGCUCCCCAUCCUUCCUGCUGCUGGGAGGUCUCAUGAAACUAGCUGGUCCAGCUCUUGGUCAUGAACUAGAGAUCCUCACCAAGAUACUAACAGCAUGUACAGUUAAGGGGGAAGAUCCAUUUGUGUGCCUCCACUGCCUGAACCAGCUGAGGCACCUCCUGGUGGGAGAGAGCCAACCCCUUGCUGCAGGUGGCCAGCUGGAAGUAUGGCUGCCAGUCCUUGUCUCCAAAUGCAUGCGAGAGCACCUAGUUUGGCGUGCUGGGGCCACCGCAGAGACCCUCAGGACAGCAGCCGUGGCCUGCCUGGAGGCAGCGUGCAGUACAGGAGUGACCACCCAGCCAAUGAUAGAAGAGGUGAAGGAAUGCACCGUGCUUCUGCCAGCACUGAUAGAGGACGAUGCAGAGAUGACCCGGCUGUUUGCAUGCAGCGUUGUGCAGUGUGUGGCCACUACCUACACUUGUCUCAUUGACACAAACACUCUCCACACCUUGGCAGAUAAGGUGUUGAAGCGGCUGGAUGAUGUUGCAAGGGCAGUGCGGCUCAAGGCGGCACACGUACUGAAUGUGUUGUUCCAGGAUCUGCCAGAGGGGUAUGAUGUCACACUGAACACUGCUCACCUUCAGGAUCUGUGUAAGGAUGCUUUGAUCUUCUUGGAUGAUCCUGAUGAGCAGUUCCAAGAGGCAGUGUGUGACUGGCUGGAAAGAAUGAAGAGUGUGUGUCCUGACUUACUCAUUAAAUUAUUAGAAAGUGAAGCACACAAAUUCCGUAAUGCUCACAUCUGCCACAGACUCAUCACCUCCAUGAAAACUCUACAGGUCACCUGAACACACCUGAGUCUCCACACACAGUCCACUUUGUGAUGGUGUGAUUACUCCAGCUAUGGUGCUUCUUUAAAAUCAGCAGUGAACUUUUAUGUAUUAGCAUAAUUGGCAGAUGGCAGUCAUAGUCUUAAUGCAUAUCAUCAAGUGCUUGUGUACUUGAAUUCAAAACUGUACAAAAGACUAGCUUUGUUAUUUAAUAAAAAAUAUUGUUACACUACAAAA